AGAGCCAGGCAGAGAUGCUCUUCGCCUGCCUCCCUUCCCUUUCGCGUUCAGGGACCAGCGGCGGCGGCAGCAGCAGCAUCCUCAUCCUCAUCCUCCGGCCCUGGAGUGGAUGAGCGAAUCCACCUCCGCCGCCCCCGCACACGCCGCCGCCGCCGCCACCAUCACCGGGGGACAGGAUUUGCCUCCCCGGCCAUUCCAUGCAGGAGCCGCAGCCGGCGCGAGGGGGGAGGCUGCUGCUGCUUCUCCUCCCCCGGUGAACCCCCUCUUUCCUCGGCUCUCCCCCCCACCCGCCGCUGCCGCCUCGCUCCAGCGCUGUGGAGGCUCCAGCUUGGCAGGGACCGAGGGGCAGGGCGAUGCGGGGCUGCGAUGCGGCGGUGAGUAGCCCCCCCAGCAGCAGCAGCAGCAGCAGCAGCAGCGGCCGCACGCCCGGGUGUUGCUGCCUGCGGAGAUAAUCGGGCUGCCGCCUGGCCCGCCGCCGAGGAGGGGGCUCGCCCCGCAGCCCCCCCCCGCCAUUGUUCCAGCCGCCGCCGCGAUGCACAAGCACCACCACUGCUGCCGCUGCCCGGAGUGCUACGAGGUGACGCGCCUGGCGGCCCUGCGGCGCAUGGAGCCCCCCAGCUACGGCGAGUGGCAGCACCACGAGCAGCAGUUCGGCUACGGGGGCUACGGCUCGCAGACGCUGCCCUCCCAGGGGGGCGCCACCCCCACUGCCAGGACCAAGGGCAAGCUCAUCCCCACCUCCCGGGACAACGUCCCCCCCGCCGCGCCCCCCAAGCAGGGCCCGGGCAAGAGCUGCGGGGGCGGCGGUGGAGGAGGGGGCGGCGGAGGAGGAGGAGGUGGAGGUACCCCCAAGAUGAACGGCAGCAGCCCCGGCUGGUGGCCCGAGUGCACCUGCUCGAACCGCGACUGGUAUGAACAGGCUAGCCCCUCACCCAUUAUUGUGAAUACGGAUGCUCUGGAGCCAAGCCUCUCUGUGAAUGGCAGCGACGGGAUGUUCAAAUACGAGGAAAUUGUCCUGGAAAGGGGUAACUCUGGCCUUGGAUUUAGCAUUGCCGGGGGCAUUGAUAACCCCCACAUCCCCGAUGACCCCGGUAUUUUCAUCACCAAGAUCAUUCCGGGUGGAGCAGCAGCCAUGGAUGGGCGGCUGGGGGUGAACGACUGCGUCCUGCGGGUGAACGAAGUCGACGUCUCCGAGGUGGUGCACAGCAAGGCCGUGGAGGCCCUGAAGGAGGCGGGUCCCGUGGUGAGACUUCUGGUGCGGCGAAGGCAGCCCCCUCCAGAGACCAUCAUGGAGGUCAACCUGAUGAAAGGACCCAAAGGCCUGGGCUUCAGCAUUGCCGGUGGCAUUGGGAACCAACACAUCCCAGGGGACAACAGCAUUUACAUCACCAAAAUCAUAGAAGGCGGGGCGGCCCAGAAAGAUGGGCGGCUGCAGAUUGGAGACCGGCUGCUUGCGGUCAACAACACCAACCUGCAGGAUGUGCGGCACGAAGAGGCCGUGGCCGCCCUGAAGAACACCUCGGACAUGGUGUACUUGAAGGUGGCCAAGCCGGGCAGCCCUCACCUCAACGACAUGUACGCACCGCCUGACUACGCCAGCACUUUCUCUGCCUUGGCCGAUAACCACAUAAGCCAUAACCCUGGCCUGGGCUACCUGGGAGGUAUGGAGAACAAGCCAGCCUACCCUGCCCCACCUCAGGUCACACCUGCCCGCUAUUCACCUGUGCCACGCCAUAUGAUCGGCGAUGAGGAUUUCACCAGAGAGCCCCGGAAGAUCACCUUGCACAAAGGCUCCACGGGCUUGGGCUUCAACAUUGUAGGCGGCGAAGAUGGUGAAGGCAUUUUUGUCUCCUUCAUCCUGGCGGGCGGUCCUGCUGACCUGAGUGGGGAGCUGCGGCGUGGAGACCGCAUCCUCUCGGUGAAUGGCGUCAAUCUCCGGAACGCGACGCACGAACAAGCGGCAGCAGCGCUGAAGAGGGCUGGUCAGACUGUCACCAUUGUGGCCCAGUACAGGCCUGAAGAAUACAGCCGCUUUGAAUCCAAGAUCCACGACCUGAGAGAACAGAUGAUGAACAGCAGCAUGAGUUCAGGAUCUGGCUCACUCCGGACUAGUGAAAAGCGGUCUCUCUAUGUCCGGGCCCUCUUUGACUAUGACCGAACCAGAGACAGUUGCUUGCCCAGUCAGGGACUCAGUUUUUCUUAUGGGGAUAUCUUGCAUGUUAUCAAUGCCUCAGAUGAUGAGUGGUGGCAGGCAAGGCUAGUGACACCUCAUGGAGAGAGUGAACAGAUUGGAGUCAUCCCCAGCAAGAAGAGAGUUGAAAAGAAGGAAAGGGCAAGAUUGAAAACUGUGAAGUUCCAUGCCCGGACCGGGAUGAUAGAGUCCAACCGGUCGAUCAAAACGAAACGUAAAAAGAGUUUCCGCCUCUCUCGAAAAUUUCCAUUUUACAAGAGCAAAGAGAACAUGGCCCAGGAGAGCAGCGGACAGGAACAGGGUGUGACGUCAAACACCAGUGACAGCGAGAGCAGUUCCAAAGGACAAGAGGACACGAUUCUCUCCUAUGAACCUGUGACACGGCAAGAAAUUCACUAUGCACGGCCUGUGAUUGUUCUGGGACCCAUGAAGGACCGAGUCAACGAUGACCUCAUCUCCGAGUUUCCACACAAGUUUGGCUCCUGUGUACCACACACUACCAGGCCCCGACGUGAGAACGAAGUGGACGGGCAGGACUACCACUUUGUGGUGUCCCGGGAGCAGAUGGAGAAGGACAUUCAAGAUGGCAAGUUCAUUGAGGCUGGGCAGUUCAAUGACAAUCUCUAUGGGACCAGUAUUCAAUCCGUGCGGGCAGUAGCAGAGAGGGGCAAGCACUGCAUCCUUGAUGUGUCGGGAAAUGCUAUCAAGAGGCUGCAGCAAGCACAACUGUACCCAGUCGCCGUUUUCAUCAAGCCAAAAUCCAUUGAAGCGCUCAUGGAGAUGAACCGGAGGCAGACAUACGAGCAAGCCAACAAAGUCUUUGACAAAGCCAUGAAAUUGGAGCAGGAGUUUGGAGAGUAUUUUACAGCCAUUGUACAAGGAGACUCUCUGGAAGAGAUUUACAGCAAAAUCAAACAGAUCAUAGAGGACCAAUCUGGGCAUUAUAUCUGGGUCCCAUCCCCUGAGAAACUGUGAAGUCCUUAUUCCCCAGUCAACUUCUUGUGAGAAGAUCAGAGACCCCUCCCCCCAGUCCUCUGCCCCAAGAGGGGGAGUGUGAAGACAUCCCUACCCCUUUUUUAGAUGGUUGACAAUUGAGUUUUCUAGUCCUGUUUUCUUUUUCUUGGGAUGGACCAAUCUCCUUCAUCAAGUGACUGUUCCCACCAUUCCUGCAUGGACCUUCCUGCUGCUCCCUUAGAAAUGGAGACAAACCCCAUUUGAGAGUUUUGUGUGGUUUUUUUUAAAAGAAAAAAAUUAAAACUGAGAAGCAAGAUGGAAGGUGGCAGUUGAGGACUAGCCUAAAGAGCCGCCGAAGCAAGGGACUUGGACCAUGACUGCCCUGACAGAUGUGUAGAGGAAGGACUGUGGCAACGGGGGGCAGGUUUUCCAAGAGUGCAGUCAUCACCCAGCACUGUGACUGAAGGAAAGGCAACAGGAUGCAUUUAUUUAUCUGUAUAUGUAAUUUAUAUAAUAUAUAUAAUAUACUAUAUAUAUUAUAUAUAUAUAUCUGGACUAGAAAACAUGGGAGGCUGCUUAAGUGGUACUGUGUGCGCGCAGGAAUUGUAUGCUUGCCAUAUCCUGGCCAUCGGGCAUGGAAACCUGUCGUGGCUGAGAGUGAAUUGAAUGGUACAGAGUGUUUCUUGGCUGCUGCUCAGUGGCUUUCCAAAGCCAAUGCUGUGGAGAAAGCCACAUUUGGAAAUAACACAGAAGCUGGUGCUGUGACUGUGGAGCAGGCAGAGGGCCCAGAAUCAUGCGUGAAGUUAGAGCAGUUGACUGGAGCACGAGAAAGCAAAUGGAUAAUGCUACGUAUUAAUUGCACAUUGUUUUAUGUCACCUGAUGUGUUUGCAUGAGAGGUUUCUUUUUUGUUCUGUUUUUUUUUUUUUUUAAGCUGGUGUUAAACCAAAAUCAUGUUUGUGUUGGUGUGUUGGCUUUUCAUUACUCCAAGCUUUUGAUUUUAUUAAUGAACUGAACGGGUAUACAAUCCAGUUUUUUAACUUAUUUUUUAAGAUUGUUCCAUUGUAAAUAGACUUCAAACCCAACCUACAGACCAUGUGGAAUGAGCACACCAGUUUUGUGUUGCGAUGGGGUCACUUUCAUGUAGAGAGACUCAGACUCCACCCCACUGACUUGUUCUGUCUGAUGGAAGAACUUGGAGUUCCAUGCUGUUAGAAGCUGGAAGAAGCGGCAGACAAUGGGAAGAGAAGUCGUGUCUUGGAGAGACACACUAUGCCAACCACAUGAUGGGAUUUAGGAUGGACUUUUCUGGGAAUUCUCUGUAACAGAAUCAUGUGUCAAAUUCUGGUUUGCAGCACUCGAAGCCCUUCCCGAUGAGCACAUAAUCAGGGGCUCAGCAAAGAAGAGCGACGUCCCUUUUGUGUUUGUGUAAUUCCCAUUGCAGAGAUGGGCUGCCCGUACCCUUUGCUGCCAACCUCUGCUUGCAGGUCUUCUGGACAGGAAAAGGGGCAAGUGGAAUUCAGAAUGCACUCAGCUGUGAGGCAUGGACUGUUAGUCUUCUGUGGACUGAGGCAGCUGCUUCUGGGAAGCCUUGGUAUGUGCUCAUCAAAGCAAUGUCUAACGGUGUGUAAAAGGUGGUUGCAAGAGUUGCUUGCUUGAUCACUGACCACGAACAUAAGUUUGACCAGAGGGAGUUUUGGGAGGAGUUUCAAGCAUUCCUCGUUUGGUACGAGUCCUUGCCUGUUAGUCCGAAGGGGGUGGGGGGAGGUUUGCUCGCUUUCCUAGUCUCGCCCUCAUCCCCAAGCUUGAAGCAGGUGAUUGUACAAAUCGGGUUUCCAUGGAGUGAGAGCAAUGGCUGCUAUAGGAGGAGACUCGAGUGUGCCUGGUUCGCAGUCCAGGGAGUAGGACUGAGCCUCCAAUUGUAGCAGGAUGCUGCUGCCCACUCCAUAGCUGGUAGGUAGCUUUGUCAUUCAUUCAGUGUGAUUUGUGCACAAGCCUCAUUGUUCAAUAUGGGUGAAAACUGUCAUCGUGCAGAACUCGAUCUGGUAAGCAAGAAGCUGUUUCCAUGUCAGUUGGUGUUGCAAGAAACCAAGUGGAACAUGGCUAGGACUGGAGCUGCUGCUUGCUGGCAGGAUUGUAAGGAGUAAAAAUGAGGGAGCUGCUUUUCAUGGCUCCCCGCUCAGUGGAGGGAACGUGGAUAGGCUGCCAGCUGCUCGGUUGGUGCUGCAAGGCACGCUCUUGAAGGCUGGCCUGUGCACCAUUGAAGCGGCUUCUGAGGCGGCUAGUCUCCAGGUUCCAAUUCCUUUCCUUUUCUAAGAAGCCUGUCACCUUGUCUUCUAGGCCCAUGGAGGAAAGGCCUAUGUACUCCAUGGCAUAGCUGAAAGUAUCAAUCAUGGCACUAGUUGGUUUACCAGUGUUUCUUCCAAGGAGACAUAUAUUUUUAAUAAACAGAACGUUGCAAUGAA